AUGUGCGUGGACGCUCACGGUGGGAGUGGUGGUGGGCACGAGGCGCCUGUCGUCAAAGUCGUGUCUGCACCGAGUGUUGUGUCCACUCACUCGUCGACAUACAUACAACGCACUGAGGGUAGAGGAGUUCUCUCACGAACAAGCAGUCGUCAACGCUUCGAAUCGAGAAGGGUGAAGAAGCAGAACAUGGAGCGUGUGAGACGAGCACGUAUCUCGGACAAAAUUGCACAGCUGCAUGGUCUCGCCCUCUCCAUGGUCGGCAAAGAUGCGGUUAGCAGCGUCCGCACAGAGAAGGUGGAGAUGCUGGGCUUCUGUCACGAUGUACUGAGUAGUCUACGCAACCUGCUGGUGGAGAGCCCAGACAUGAUGGAACGACUGAAAGCAUACCACAGAGGCGACACCGUGACGAGUGCUGUCUGUCAAAACAUCACGCCUGAUUCUCCCACCACCUCUCAGAUUGGCUAUUGUGACAGUGGUGUUUACGUGUCCCCCACAUCUGUCACACACUCCUCCUCCGUUGAGGGCAACGGUGCCGAUCGCACUGAGUACCGAUUGCCACCGAAGAAACGUCAGGAGGUGUGGAGGCCCUAUCUCUGA